AAAUUAUCAAUUAGUUUUGGAAAAACUUUAAAAUUAAAUAAGCAACAUGUUUAAAAUUAUAACAGCUCUAUUUCUAACUCUGGCUAUUGGUGCCAAAUGUGCCACUCUGCCCGACACCGAUCAAACUAAACCCGACGAGAGAUGUUUUGGCGGUUUUGGGGGUGGAUUUCCCGGUGGUUUCGGAGGUUUGGGUGGUUUUGGGGGCGGAUUCCCGGGAUUUUUUGGCAAACGUGAUGUGGAGACUAAAGCCAAAGAAGUGGUGGCGGAGUCCGAAGAGCCGUGCGAUAAACAAGUGGCCGAACCCGAGGGUGAGAUCACAGAAGAUGUCAAACCGGAGGAGAAGUGUUUUGGAGGUUUUGGUGGAUUUCCCGGUGGUUUUGGCGGCGGUUUAGGAGGUUUUGGGGGCGGAUUCCCGGGAUUUUUUGGCAAACGGGACGUCGAGACUGAGAUUAAAGAGGUAGUGGCGGAACCCGAAGUAGAGAUGGCCGCAGAA